CUCGUAUAUAUAUAUUGUUUGAUGAGAGUUACAGGCCGACAAGCGCCUCCGCGACGAGAUCUCGGCCCAUGACCGGCACCGAGCUGUACAAAACGGGGGACUUUGCUGAGGCGCACAAGGCCUUCACGCGCACACUCAAGAGCACGAAGGAUGCACCCAUCAGGGCCGCCCAGCUCUGCAGUACGCGUCCACGGGAACAAUACGACCGUAUUCAUGUGUGUUAUUCAUGUGUAUGUGUUUGUUGGUAUGUGUAUGGUACCAUGGAAUUGCAGACAGAGGGGCGUGUUCGAUGCAUAUGGGGUAUCUGUCGGCGGCUCUGGAGGACCUCAGCUCGUCCCUGCAGAUCAACCUCAAGCAGGAAAAGGCGUGGGCACGGAUGGCAGCUGUGCUGAUACGGCAGAAGAGAUACGAAGAUGCCAUCAGCGCACUCGAGGACGGCCUCAAAGUGUGAGUGGCAGCUGAUGCGUGUGCUUGCAUGAGCCGCCUCCUCAUUGCUGUGUGUUGUCUUUGUGUGCAGGUUGCCCGGAAACAAGCAGUUGCAGGACAUCCUCCUGACAGCCCGCGAGUUCCGCUUCCGUGCCCGGCAUCCCCUGUACAACCCACUCAGCGUGGCCAUCGACAGCCUGGCGCCCUCACCAGUGACACGCAAGAAGGUCGCCGAUGCGUUCGACCGCUUCGUGGCGCUCGAGCAGCGGUACUUCAAGGGCCUGUCGGCGGCCGACCGGCAGGGGCUGUGUGAGGGGGACGACGAGCCGCUCUCGAAGAUCACGGAGGAGAUGAGCAUAGCGGGCGAGGUGCUGUUGCUGCUUCUCGGGCUCAAACCGUGUGUACUCAUCGCCCAUCCGUAGGCCGAAGAAGGGCAGAGGGAGAGGCACGUCUGUCUGGAGCAAUCAUCUGAUGGGUUCUCUAGGUGGCCCAAGUACGCGAGUAGUAUUGUAGGUUUGGCGGUGCGCCCCUUUGUGGCGGCGACCAAAGACAUCGAUGGCGUCGUGAUGGAGCUGCGCGAGAUCACUCACGAGAUGCGCACCACCUCCUUCACCACCACCGGCGGCGAGCACAAGGGAUUCAAGGUAUGAACACGCCCACGGCUCCUCUCCCUGCCUCCCUGCCUCCCUGCCUUCAGCUGGGGCGUCAUUGUGUCUGUGUCACGCGUGUCUGCCACGUGCAGGGCGGGUGGGUGUUGGCGAACCGCAUGGACGACCGCUACGGCCACGUGCGGCGCACCUUCUACGAGGCCAAGCAGGGAUACCUGGUCCUCGAGGACGCCGUGGCGCUCGCACUGGGGUACCCAGGCACUUUGGAGGAGAGCGAUCGUGAGCGGCACACAUUCGAUGUGUCGUACAAGGGCCGGCGGGUCGGCAGCAGGGCCCCGCAGAAACCCGUGAGUCAGUCAGCGAGUGGCUCAUUCAGGAUGGAUGGAUGGCCGAGGGAUCCGUCGUAUGUGUGUGUGUGUGUGUGUGUGUGUGUGCAGUAUUUGGAGUACUCGUGCCAUGGUAGCGACUUGCCCGUGUGCAAAUGGCACCUCUCUGUGUGUCGAAGGGCGUGCGAGGGCAUCACCGAGCUGCAGGCCUACUUCAACCACAGCUGCAGCACAGAUUAGCGCAGAUGCUAUAGCACAGAUGACAGCACUGGAGGAGAGGGAGGGAAGGAGGGGGAUCCUGUGUCUGAGCCCGCAGUUGUUGAUAUACAUGUGCUGCGCGGCAUAGCUAGUGCUGGCUGGUCCCUGAGUGGAUGGGCAGACGGGGGCCAGCGAACUAGGCAUUGAUUGUGCAUCUCGGUGUGUGUGAAGUAUUGACUAACCACAUGGUGGCACGGUGGCUAGAUGACAAGUGAAUGUUGAAUGGUG